CAGAAACGAUAGAUGAAGAUGAGCGUAUUGAGACGCCUCCAAUCAUGAGGGGUAGGGUUCGUCUCUUUAUAGGAAAAGGUUACACCAUCCUCAUGUGCAGUCCACGCGAAUAGAAUCUCGUCGAGAAGAACUCGAAAUGUGCAGGACCGGCGUAGCACGACCUUACUUACUUUCCCAUGUCUCCCUCCCACCUGACGAAGCGACAUAUCCAACUCGGUGACGUGCGAUCCGAGUCCUUAGGUAAGGAGCGGGGUGCAAGGCGGGACAUCGAGAAGUAGGAAGCGUGUAUCUACCAGGCGAUAAUAGCAGAUUCUUCUCUCAUCCGACUCACGGCGUGAAGUUUUGCAGGAACAGCUGUCGGCGUCCCGCCGCUUGAGACCGCAAUGUCGGCAGACACUGCACCGUACGAGUUCCGUGAGUUUCCUCCAAAAGAAAUCGCGUUAACAUGGUGGGGCACCGUGAUGACCGUGUGGAGCUACGUCCGGGUCUUCACGUUGGCCCUGAUCAAGGAGAUGGUAAGUUUUUCAAGCGAAUCCUUUGCCUUUUCUAGAUAGUUACCUGUGUCAUCGGUUUCAAGAUUGUGAUCCCUCAAAUUUUCACCAUACUGCUUCUGCUAUUGGUGGUGAGUGCUGGUAGCGCGCUCCUCUAAGUCUUACCUUCCGACGUGCAAUCACAGGCAUGGUUUCUGCAAGCGCAGCUGGGUAUUGAGCCUGGGUAUUCAUUUAGAAAACGAAGGCGGCCCGGCAUGGAGGCUGUCUUUAUCGAGCAUGGGUAUCUUUACGCGUUGGCGUGCUCGUUGUUUUCCUUCGUCUCUGCUUCUAGAAGAGUCUCGAAGACGUCGUGAACGACUCCUGAAUCUCAAGAUAAUUCGAUCGAAAAAUAGGAAUAUCAUAAUAAGCAGUGUAACUACGACUACCUAGACGUGACCAGCACUCCUCGAUAAUGACAGGUAUGGCUCAUUGGCAGACUGCUGGAAUAGACCGAUAUCCAGUUCUCCUAGCGCCUAUGUGAAAGUGGUAAAGCGCACCCGGAAGAGUCAGACAUUUUUCGAGCCUCUCAAACCACUCACGCUCACGGACGAGGAGGUACUCCCUUUUUGUUUAGAGUAGCUGCUGUGCCUCAGUGCUUGCUCGGUCAAAUUGGGUCAAGUAGGCAGUUCUUUUUCUCACUCUGGAUGAAAAUGACUCCGCGCCAGGUUGUCUCCACAAACCUCGCGAGCUACAAUUAUCUCGGGUUCGGUGGGGUGGAUAAUUUCUGCACAGAAUUCGUGGCAAAUUGCAUUGCUGGUCCGUGUGGUUUUUCAACGUGCGCAGCGCGAGGGGGUGCAGCGGGCACGCGACGGAUUCACCUCGAGUUGGAAGCCAAAAUAUCGGACUUCCUGGGCAAGGAAGACGCACUAGUCUACGGAAUGGGAUUCGCUACGAACAGCAUCCACAUCCCAGCUCUAGUAGACCCAGAAGGCGAUGGAAGAGGGUAAGUGCAUCUUCGAGUACUCAACUUGAACCCUUUCCCAGACAUGUACUUGGUUAUUUAUUCAUUGAAGAUCUGUUGUUAAUUGCAAAUUAUGUGAAUAAACUUCUAAUGAAAACUGUGAACAGGGCGUUGAUAUUAUCCGACAUUUUGAACCACCGGUCCAUCGUGGAGGGCGUGCGGAUGUCGGGUGUUUCUGUGAAACCGUUCAAGCAUAAUGACAUGGUAGACCUAGAGCAUAAACUGCGCGACGCCUGCGAAAACGGACAGCCCAAUGGCAAGGGACAAUGGCGAAAAAUCAUCGUGAUUGUAGAGGGUAUAUACUCGAUGGAGGGUGAUUUUUGCCGGCUGCGCGAAAUCGUGGCGCUGAAAAACAAAUAUGGCGCGUACCUCUACCUAGACGAGGCGCACAGCAUCGGAGCUGUCGGUAGAAUUCGCGCUUUCAUCUUCGUAAUCCCAUAGCUUUUGGUUAACACCUCUACGACAGGUACCUGAAUUAUGGCAGUCUCGAGGGUCCCUUCUAUUAACUCUAACUCAUUGAUUCACAAUUUCAAAUUUUCUCCUUCACGCCCAUCUAGGUGCAUCAGGACGAGGUGUAUCGGAGUUGCUGAACGUCCCAACUGGAAUGAUAGAUCUGUUGAUGGGCACAUUCACAAAAUCGUUUGGCUCCGCUGGUGGUUACAUCGCAGGCGACAAAGUCGUCAUAGACUCACUCCGAAAACAUGCAGCUAGUUCUGGAUUUUCUGUUUCCAUGUCUCCAGCGUGUGCGGCGCAAGCGUACUCUUAAAUAUUUUGAUGCUUCUAUGUGUAUGCCGCAGUGCGUAUGUAGUGUGUAGUUUUGAACAAGAAGUACGUUUAUGAACAAGCUUAAGCACUCUUCUGGUUCCGACUAAAAGCAUCAGUGAGUGCAUCCCGCUCAAGCUCGUCCUAAACCAGGUAUGCCGCGCUACACGUCAUCCAAAUGGAUCCCGUUAAAGGAGCAGCAAAGCUCAAAAGUAUUCGCGAAAAUAGUAACUAUUUCAGGGAGAAGCUGAUGCAGAUGGGAUAUUCGGUAAUUCAAAUAUGCUUGGUGUCCUCUUUCCCACAUAAUUGAUGGAAACGCGCAAUCCCGAUUUUGAUUCAGUAAGCAGACACGUCAAGAACACUUGGCCAUGAAGACAAUUCAAAACCAAACCGCGACCACAGGUGCUAGGGGACGUGGACAGUCCAGUGAUUCCGGUCUUGAUGGAUCCCCUAGGCAUGCUGGAACUGAGUAAGCGGUGUUUGGAUUUAGGCGUUGCCAUCGUGGUGGUUGGUUACCCAGCCACCCCUUUUCUUCUAAACCGAGCGAGGUUUUGCAUUUCAGCCGCGCACACACGCCCACAGCUGGAAUCAGUGCUGGACAUUCUGCGAGAGCAAGGAGAAAAAUUAGGGCUGCUCUACAACAAACGAUGCCCGAAGUUGUUGAAUUGGGAUUACUAUCGUUACAUUCGAGAGUGCAGGUUAGAAACGAAGGAAGCCAGCGUGAGACGGCCCAUGUUCGAGCGUCUGGCAAGCAGGGAGAAGCGACAAGAGGAUGCAACAUGCGCGGACGCGCGAACAACAAACACGGGCGAAACGAAGAAGAGUAUUAGUGCCGGAUCCGUUUCCGUACCCGUAGGACGUGAGAUGAACAGUAGCGCAAGCACGGUUGAGUCAUCCGACAAGAACCUCGUAGCGCAGCAGAGUGUUACGCCUGGAGGUGGAGAAGUAGAUGCACUCAUGCAAACCUCGAUAAAUGCAAGCGGGAGCAGCACGAGCGUUGAUAAUGCUGCAAUGCGCGAAGGACCAGGAGGAAGCCGACGGGACGUGCAGUUGUCAGAUGCGUCGUCUCACAGAAGCCCGACUCCCAGCCUCACCGGGCGCGGUGAAAGUAGAAGUACUGCCUCUGACGCAAAGACCGAAGAAGUUGAGCUACUCGGGGAUGAUCAUGACGAGGAGCAAAUGAAAAAUAGUACACGAACCACGACCGCAUCAACGUCUUGUUCGUCACUCAUUUCGACGGCUUCAUCGUCAACGCCAUCAGAAGACGUGAUGCUUAGUCUCAAGGGGCGCUCCGUCGCGUCGCUAGCGACCGCAUCUACGACAACAGCGUCCAGUACCACAGCAGGAGGAGCACUCGCACGAGGAGACGUGGAGGCUAGAAGGUCAUCGUCUUCCGCUUCAAGCGAAACUAGGACAAGUACGUCGUCGCGCGUAGCACAGGACGAGGUCGUCAACGCCGCAGAACUGCGAUCAUCGUCAUCAGAAGACGAGGAUGUGAGUGACAUGAGAAAUGCAGUGAAGAGUAAACAAGACUGCGAAGAAACAGAAACACCAGCUGAGGACGAGGACGAGGACACCACCACGGGCACGGAUUUAGAACUAGCGAGCCAUCAUCCGGAACAGCCGUCCACACCUGAAGAGGAUCAAAACUCGACUGCGUCGAGCGAGUCGCCAGACGAGGAAAUCGCUAUGACGCAGCAGAGCCUUGCCUCAGCGGCAUCAAGCUCGUGUUUCGCAUCAGAUGAGCUUAGGCAGAGAAGGGGCGGCAGCAGCGCUGUUGAAGACGCUAAAGAUUCGUUAGCGUUUGCGUCUAGUAGCUCUAGAAGUACGAGCAAAGCAGCCGGACGUGGAGCGCCUUCAACCACGUCAACAGCAGCUGUAACAUCAUCGGAUCGAGCGUGUGGCGCAGCAUGCAGUCAACAAGGCCGCGCCACGUCUACCAGAACCUCGGGAGAGACAAAAAGCCGGACAGAUCAUGAACCAAAUGACGCUCCAGGGCCUGUCUUGACGGGUGACAGUGCUGCUUCCUCCUCAACAUCGUCAUCGAGUGCGUCUUCGAAAGCCGCUGCUGCCCGCCUAUGGGCUGGGGUCAGUCGUGGGCACGACCCAUGUCACAACGGUUUCUGUAUGUUAGAUCCUCUAGGCCUGGCCAAGGAUCCACCACCUCACCUUGCGACCCGCUGUAACGAGUAUCUCUGGCGCAACGGCUUUGGGGCAUGUGGGCCUAGAGGGUUCUACGGCGGAACCAUGGAGCACCUUUUGCUGGAACAGAAACUCGCGAGCUUUCUGGACAAGGUAGUAAAGUAUGUAAGUCGUGAGAGUCAGGUGGAACUUUCACGACGAUUGCGAGUUCGAUUCGUGGGAUUUGUGCUCGUGGUCAGAUUGAUUAUGAUUUUUUUGUAAAGCGCAUGAAGUAAAUGAAUGAAUGUGCAUCCGUUUCGUCGCCAAAAAUUUUCAUCCAACGGCACAUCACAACAGGAAGAGUGUGUGUUGUAUUCGCACAGUGUUACGGUGGCUAGUUCCGUUUUUGAGUCCAUGGUUUUGGCCAAGGAUCACGUCUAUUGCCAAGAUAAUGCGAACUUUGGCAUAAAAGCUGGCCUGCGUCUCAAUCGGUCGGGCAAUCGCAUUUCUUUUUUUCGCGAUCUAGAUCAUCUAAAGGAGCUUUUAGAGGAGAAGGAUGCAGUAGCACAGGAGAAGGUUGGUGGAGCAGGCAUCGCUAACGGUCGAUGUUACGUGGUUGCAGAAGCCUUGUGUCAUUGCGACGGCAAAGUGCUUGAUUUACCUGCGCUUCUCGAACUUAAGAAUCGCUUUCAUUUUCUUCUCGCUUUGGAUGAAAGUUUUAGCUUCGCUGCACUCGGGAGGAGAGGUAAAAUUUUUAAAAUGCAAGUAGUUUAGUUUUAGAUCGAAAUAGAUUGAUGAAAAUAGAUUAGCAUAAUCAGGAGGAAGAUUGUUCAUGGUCAGAAGCUAUAUUACCUCCUGACCAUCGGAUAACGAUAAGAGCAGCAAGAAGCUGAAUCCGAUUUGCUAGGCCACCGGUAGAACUCGGAUCAAUCUCUUUGCAACUGUUGGCAGGUAUUUCCGAUUAUUUCAAUGUGUCGAUCCGGGACGUCGACGUGAUAUUUGCUUCCUUGGAGUAUGGCGUUGCCGGCAUCGGUGGGUUUUGUGUGACAAGCCAUGCACUGAUACGCGAUCUUCGAUUGACAAGUAGUGGCUACUGCUUUUCGGCAUCUGCCCCUGGCGUGUCUUGCAAAUGGGGGCUAGAGGUUCUCGACAUGUUGGAAGCGGGACAGCUCGACGGGCGCUUAGAAUCUUUGCGGUGCAACAGCGAGCAAAUUCGCGAGCGCCUUCGGAGCGGACUCCGUGACCUGAAAAUCGAAGUGUCCGGCGAUGGCUACAUGUUUUUUCUUCGACCAUGCAACGAUGCCGCCGGUUCAUCUUCCUCCACAUGCUCAGUCACUCGAUUGCGGCGUAUGCAGAAAGCGGCCGAGAGCAAAGGAGUGGUGCUGGAUCUGUGGCAGCGCGGAGCGGUCGAAAAAGCGUUGUUGCGCCGCUUCAACCUCUCACAGGAUGCAGGAGAAGCCUCUUUGAGGUUGUGCGUCUCCUGUUUGCACUUUGACGAGCAGAUAGCAGACGUAGUGAGCAAACUGACUGAGGCGUUCCGCACCUGCACCGCUGCUCUCACGUAG